GAUGGGUGUCCGUAGUAACACCGGAAGUAGUGCAUCCAUGCUGCAGCGGAGAGUGUGCAACUGUCACUUUUUCAUGACUUUUCUGUGAUAUUUAUUUAUAUCUGUUUAAAUUUGUAUUAUCAUAUACACAUAUUAUGGCUGGAAGUCGACUUGAGAAAUUCGGGACUGUAUUUACACGGGUUCGUGAUUUAAUGCGAGCUGGAGUCAUAAAGCACGAAGAAAGGCCUAUCUGGUUUGAUGUCUAUGCUGCUUUUCCUCCAAAGAGAGAGCCUCUCUACGAGAAACCUCUAAGACCACUUAAGAUACAUGCAGCGGAAGCUGUACCUGAAAUCUUAUACAAAGAGGAUGAAAUACGAGCGAAGUUCUUUGAGGUGUAUGGCAAUGGACCCAGAGCUUUUGAGCUCCUCAAGCCCAGCUUUGUAUCACCAUGUCAGAGGUUUGUUAUAAAGUACAGUGAAUUAGAAAGCAGAGGGGAUGUCAAACCUGAGCUGCUGUUUGAAGAGACUGCAAAAGCGCUGCUCGCAGAGGGCGUUUAUCUAAGAAAAAAAGGAGGACCUGCGCAGGUGGCACCACAGUCUCGGGACCCUUUGCUGAACAUGAAGUUGACUGACAUGUUGGCAGAGCAGCAAAGAGACACAGACACAGAGACAAAUAUUCCUGAGAAACAGCCAGAGGCAGAGACGGUGAACCCUGACAGACAGGCAUCAUCAUAAAUGUACCUAUUCUCCUCUGUUAGGACAACAUAAACUGCACCUGCCUCUAGCACAUUAACGUGCUGGUCAGUCAUGCAUUUUUGAUGCGUCAAACACUGGGACACACAUAUAUUUUGUGCAGUUGUGGACAUUGUAAUCCCAGAUGAGCAUGAACAUGUCUUUACCUCUCUUGAUGUCAAAUGAGUGAUGUUGAAGACACAGCCAAAAUGAUUUUUAUAGCCAAGAAGCUGGGGUUUGGUGAAUGACUUUAUCAUACAGAUCUAGCAAGUGUUUCAUUUCUGUGAAAGUGUCUAAUGUCUUGUGUAAUAAAAUAUGUGGAGUGUUUAAUGAAAGUACUUUCAAGUCCAUUAACAACAGUAGUGGGAAAAGUAUCUGCAUUGUAAAUACUCAAUAAAGUGUUAUAUUUCCAUU